GAAAUGUGUUGUUUCAUUAAUUUUUUAGUUCACACUAACCACUCAAGAAUUCCUGUUGCCUGCAGCGUCUUGUAAAUUUCCUAUACAAAUUACAGUUGGUUGUGCGUAUAAUGCGAAGGGCCUUUACUCCAAAUGAAGAGAAUAUUCUGACAGGAUCUGACAGCGAUUUAGACAACCUUGAUCUUUUAAAUUUGUGUGGUUCAUUUUCAUCGUCAAACCUACGGGUGAAUUGGAACUCUGGGCAUAGGAAUACAGAAAUUUUUAGUUCUGGUGACUGUCCUCUCAGUCACCAACCAAAACGUUGUCAGCAUCAUCGCAAUAAGAAACCACCGCAAGGCUCCGGAGACUUUUCUGGUUUACAAUCGCCCCUUGCACGAAAACCGAAACGAGUAACUAAAACAAGAAAGGAUCGUUUGCAUAACGACCCGGACUAUCAGAGUGUCCUUCUGUUAUACGAUAAUCAGAGAAACGUAUCCGAUAAAGGUGUCAGCGUGCAGAAUACAGACUCGACUAGAACACCUAAACUUUGCACGGUUGACAUUCACACCGUUUCGACAGAACUAGAAAACAAAAGUUUACCGAAGAGGCCACCGGAGGAUCAGGAAAAAAAGUUUCCAUUUCACGUGACGCCUAGCGGGAAUUUCAAAAUUAAGUCUGAGCAAGUUGUGUUCGAGUCAGAGAAACUAAGCGUUUUGGUGGCCGAUCCACGUCAUACGAAAGUUAACGUUGUUCCCGACAGUAAACGAGCCGAAGAAGCAAUGGCCAACAACGACAAGGAGUUUCCAAGACGCUCAGCAAUGGAAUCUAUCAUGGGACAAGGUUGUUUUCUUGAUGGAAGUUUGGGAUCCUUAAUCGCUAGCACGGCUCCUGCUCACAAAGAUAAGGAGUCGGCCGAGUAUGAAGGGAAGGCAACAGAUCAAAUUCUAGAUCCGGAAAUGUCACUAAACAGAUUGGGACACACUGCUGCCGAUCAAAUCGAUUGGCACUUGGUCAAGCUGCCCGAAAAAGCUAAUUUAUACCUGGAAUUAUACCAACGUAUUACCAACCUCACAAACGCCGACUGUAAGGUCUACAUCGGCAAUGAACAAUUUCAGUGUCACCUGAUCGUUCUUCAGUGUUACUCGGAAAUUUUCGAUCAAUACGUUUCUGUAAAGAAAGUUGAACUGCCUUCGGAUAAAGUAAGCGCGCAGGCGUUUAGUUUCAUUUACGAAUGGAUGAUAACUGGAGAGCCCGCCUACACGGAGCUGAGUCGGGACACCGUUUUAGAUGUAUUCAACGCAGCUAAAUAUUUGAAAAUUAAAGAUCUCACGGAACAAUGUUGGGCCUUCAUCGAUAACACAGAGGUUUUCUCUGAAGGUACCGCAUUUAUGUUGUACAUGAACGCAAAGAACAAGGAUUUGGAAGAUGUUCGUGAGUUAAUGCUACCGAGGAUACAGUCUUUCUUUCUCAUGCUCGUCAGCUCCCAAGACUGGUUGGAUUUAGAGAAACAAGAUGUGGUCAAUUUUUUGAGUUCCAACUACAUCCGCGUUACCUGCGAAAUGGAAAUAUACAUGUCGGCGAUCAGAUGGUUGAAGUACAAAUGGGAAGAACGAGAAGAGGACGUUUUAGAUAUUAUGGGAUGUGUACGCUUCGGAAAUAUCUCCCCCUGGCAGCUUGUCGAUAUCAAAAGGAACCCAGAGAACCCAGAGUUUCUGCGCCUCACUUCCAUUCCGGAAAUUUGCAAAAUGAUAGACGAUGGAUUGGCCUUCGUGAUAAUAAAGUAUUGGUAUGGGCAGGCAAAUGAGGACUACCAACGUUGGAAUAACAUGUUAGGCUUACAAGAACCUCCCGCGCGAAAUUGGAGCGGUGCCGAUAAGACCUACUUUACGUAUCGCGAAUUUCUGAUUUACCUAGAUCAGUAUCGAAGAAACCAGAUAUUGGAGACGUCAAAACCGAAAGACCGUAAACAGGUGACUGAUCUCAAGACUUACUUGAAGCAAGAGGUAGAUAAAGGAGCACCUCGAAUACCAACGAUGGACGAAUUCUUAUCGACAAGAAAAGCGGAAGAAGUGAUAUCUCACAAACAGUCACCGAAGAAAAGUCGGCAUGAGGCGGCCGUUACCAUUCAGGCAGCUUUCCGUGGCCACCUAGUAAGAGAAAUGCUGAAACAGUAUGUUUCUAACGUAAGCGUGAAACGUCUUCGUAAUAGAGCGAUAUUAGAGCCGUCUAAGAAUAGGACUAAGACACCUUCACCAUUAACCACCCAAUAUCAAACGGCCCUACCAGUUCGAGUGCCAUGGAAUUCUCAAAGGAAUUACAAGGUUUUGUCUAUGUUUGCACAACGCAGAAACGAAAUUAGUUCAAGCGCCUUGUCGGCGACAACGAAAGACUAUCUAGGCGAUUCGUCCCUAUUUUCUUCAGAUCGCGAGUCUGUCUUGGUACUUGGUGGAAUCGAUCCCCAUAGCACUUACGGGGUCUCGCGUAAUACCGGAAAGGACAUGUAUCGAUACCUGCCCGAUAGCAACGAAUGGGAAUACGUUGGAGCUUUACCAGAACCACGACAUCAUCACAGUGUUGCAUUCUUGAAGGGACGGGUAUACCUUUGUGGGGGUGCCGAUCCUAGAGAUGAUGAUGUCAAAGGAAAGUCUGUUGUCGUUGAUACCACCUGGAGCUUUGAUCCGGUGAAGCGCGCAUGGUUUAACGAAGGAAGUUUGAAUACUGCAAGGAAGAAUUUCGCUUUAAUCACGAGUAAUUACACCCUUUACGCUAUCGGAGGUCAAGAUAAGCAGGGGCGAACUCUAGCAUCUGUGGAGAGAUUCCAACCGGAAUUGGGUGCAUGGGAGUUUCAAGCUCCUUUACAACAUCCUCGAAUGGGAAUCGCUUGUAGCAAGUUUCGAAAUUAUAUUUGGGUUGCAGGUGGCAUGUCGGGAUCCAAGAAUAACCCCGUCUCCAGUUUGGUCGAGUGUUACGACGUUAAAAAGAACCAAUGGACGGAAAUUACAAACUUAAGAUUUCCACGAUGCUUUAGUCGUAUGUUUAGCAUGUCUGAUCGUCUGUACUUACUUGGAGGUGCUGGAAAGCUUAAAACGGAAAAAGACAAAACGACUACCAGUGUGCCAGAUAUAGACGUUUGGGAUAGCACAAUAUUACAGUGGAAGCAUCACUCAGAUAUGGCUAUACCGAGGCAUGGCCAUGCAAUCGCCUAUUUAGGCACACAAAUUUUAAUAAUCGGUGGCGUUACCACUGUAUACAUGAGAGCUUUAAGUAAUACAGAAUGUUAUUGCACAGAACGAGGUACGUGGGUGCGUGGAAUAGCUUGUUUACCAACAACAUUAUCAGGUCACGCCGCAGUCACACUGCCACCUGCCAGUUUACUCUAGUACUUCCGAAUUGGUAACUCCCGGUAGACGGCGCCAGUUGCUUAGGCUG